CCGUGGGACAUUUGGUAGUCAUUAGGGCCGGAGGGAAGGAGGCAGGCGCGGGAGCAGCCUUUCUUCUCCAGCUCAUAUCCCGGCGCCUCACGCUUGGGUGGACGGCAGCCAAGCGCGGCUGCGCUCCCCGCACCCCAUCCCGCAGAGGCCAUGGGUGAGCGACUGGUCCUGGGGGUGCCCCCCAGCCAAUGGGGUUGCUUCUGAAGGAUCCCAAAGGCUUUUGAUCGGGACAAGGAAGGGCAGCAGGGUGCCCCGGCCAUGCUCGGCAGCACAGCAGGAGGGGACGUGAAGGGACGGCUGCGGGAAUCGGGGCGGUGAGGCCCCCACUGCGUCCCUGCUCUCAUCCGGGCUGUUCGGGGCAAUGAGAGAGGACCUGGUGGGAGGAGAGGAGGAGGAGAUGCCAUCCUUCUGCUACCGACCAAACGGCAGGGCACGGGGUGGCUGCAGCCAGUGCCAGAAGAACCUGUCCCUGCAGACGGCUGUCAAAGUCCUCUAUGUCUUCUCCGUGCUGCUCAUCGUGGCCGUGACCGUGCUGGCUGCCCUGGUCUUCAAGAAAGUCAACUCCAUCUCUGGAGACAUCAGCUCGGCCCAGAUGUACUAUGAGGAGAAGAUCUUGUCCAUCCAGGAGGACCUCCAGGAGCUGGAUGAGAAGAGCUCAGGCAACUGCUCCCUCUGCCUGGAGACAGGGCAGCUGGGCCAGGAGCUUGGCAAGCUGCAAGAUGAGCUGGAGGAGAUCCAGAAGAUGCUCUUGGUUCAGGAGGUCCUCCUCGACCGCACCUCCCGCACCCAUGACGCACUCUCAUCUAGCAGCAACGAGAUCAGCAGCGAGGUGGCCGACUGCUCCUCCUCCACCCGACGGCUGAACGAGAGCGUGGGGCAACUGGUGGCCCAGCUGGGGGGCUGGCGGGCCAUCACCUCCCAGCUUGAUGGCUCACUCAAGGGCUUGGAACAGGAGUGCUUUGACGUGCGUGCCGCCAUGCAGCAGCUCAACUUCACCUUGGGGCAAACCUCUGACUGGAUCCAACUCAUCCAGAGGAAGACGGACGAGGAGACGUUGACGCUGCAGAAGAUGGUCACCGAGUGGCAGAACUACACACGGCUCUUUGCAGGACUGCGGGCCACCUCCACCGAGACGAGUGAGCUGGUCAGGAGCAUCCAGGCUGGUGUGGGUGCUGCAGCCCGGCAGGUGGGCCAGAACGCCGAGGGCAUGCACGACCUGGUGCUGCAGGUGAUGGGGCUGCAGCUGCAGCUGGACAACAUCUCCUCCUUCCUGGAUGACCACGAGGAGAACAUGAACGACCUGCGCUACCACGCCAAGUACGCGCAGAACCGCACGGCUGAACGCUUCGAGACGCUGGAAGGUCGCAUGGCCUCGCAUGAGAUUGAGAUUGGUACCAUCUUCACCAACAUCAAUGCCACCGACAGCCACGUGCACAGCAUGCUGCGCUACCUGGAUGACGUGCGUCUCUCCUGCACCUUGGGUUUCCAUGCCCACGCUGAGGAGCUCUACUACCUGAACAAAUCCCUCAGCCUGGUCCAGGGUUCCACGGACCUUCUGCGGGAGCGCUUUGGCUUGCUCAGCGCCCGGCUUGACUUCGACAUCCGCAACCUGUCCAUGGUGAUGGAGGAGAUGAAGGUGGUGGAUGUCCGGCAUGGACAGAUGCUGAAGAACAUCACCAUCUUACGAGGUGUGCCAGGCCUUCCAGGUCCCCGUGGCCUCAAGGGUGAUGUUGGCAUCAAGGGUCCCGCAGGAAGCAAAGGAGAGAAGGGCGACGUGGGCAGCCUGGGCUUGCCAGGCCCCCCUGGCUCCCCCGGACCUCCUGGUCCCCCCGGUCCCCAGGGGGAAAGGGGUCCAAUGGGUGCAAAGGGUUUUCCCGGCCUCAAGGGCGCUAAAGGCAGCUUUGGGCAGUCUGGCUCCAGGGGAGAGAUGGGACCCAAGGGAGAUGUGGGUCCCCCAGGACCAGAGGGGGGGCCAGGACCAACAGGACCUCCUGGUCCUCAAGGAAAAUUGGGGCUCCCUGGGAACCCUGGAGCUGUGGGACAGAUUGGCCCCACAGGUCCCAAAGGAGACCCUGGACUGAGAGGCCCCCCAGGACCGCCAGGUCCCCCCGGUCCUCCUGGCCCAUGAUGCAGACUUGGAGCCAUGCUAAUGGCACUGGGAUGGAGAAACCCCUCCCAGCGCUGAGAGCAUCCCCUGCUCCCACUGCCAGCCCUUGGGGACAGGGCAGGAAGGACCCUAGGAGGUCCAGAUCCCCCCAGCAUAAUGCUUUUUGGGGUGCACGGGGCUGGUCCCUGGCUCUUGAGUGGGCUGCAGAGUCCUGGGGCAUGGGGUCCCCGCAGGACGAGGACCUGUAUGGGCUGGGGCACAGCUGGUUUGUGCCCUACUUUCAGCCACCUUCACCCCUCCUUUCCUGGCUGCACCAGCAAUGUAAUACUGGCACAAUAAAUCUGUAUGGGGACAAGUGGUUCCUGCCUUUGGCAUAUUGGGAUGGGGGGCCCAGGAGGGCUGGGGAGGAGCCCAGAUCCAAACUGGGGGCAUUAGCAUGGUACAGAUGGUGGAGUGAGAUGGGAGUAUCUCACAGAGCUAUCCCCAAGCAAGGGACAUAGGCUCAUGCAGACGUGCACAUACACUUGCGUGCUGGGCAAGGUAGGGGUCUCUAAUGGAGAAUCCCUCCUGGCCCCAAAGCAGGGCCCCUGGAAGCUAUCCCCAUGUCCCAGGUUGGCGGGCAGGGUGUGGGUUGUUUUUCCCUGGCGGAGGGCAGGGAGAGGGCAGCUGGAGGCCCCAGGUACCCGAGCUGGGGCCUUGGUGCCAAGAGCAACAAUGGAGCUGGGGAAAACAGCCGGCCCCGCGCCCAGCCCCACCUUGGGCUCUCCCCAGCUUUGCUGUGGGGGUGCAGCCAUGCCCCCAGAAUGCACACACCUGCACACACAGCUCUGCUUCACUGCCUGCUCCUGGGAGAAACAGGUCUUCGCCAACAGCAACUCUGAUUUUGUUUUCCAGAGGUUUGUUCAGGCCACAGCUCUUCCUGUCCCUGUGCCCACCCCUGUUCCCAUUCUAUCCCCAUUCCUGUUCCAUCUCAUUCCAUCUCUGUUCCCAUUCCUGUUCCUGUUUCCAUCUCAACCUCCAUCCCACCCCCUUCCCAUCCCUGUUCCCAAUACCACACCUAUCUCCAUUCCCAUCCUCAUCCCUCCCUCCAUCCCAUAUCAUCCCAUCCCAUCCCAGUUUCCUAUUCCCAUUCCACCCUCAUCCUCAUUCCUGAUCUCAUCCCCACUUCCAUGCCAGACCAUUACUAUUACUGUUCCCAUCCGCACUCUAUCCCCACCCCUGCCACCCUACAUAGCCCACAGCUUGGGGAGCUCCAUACCCUCCUCAUCAGCCCUGCCUGGGGUGCAGGUCCCAGCCCACAGGGCCGUUUAUUGCUGUUGGCACAGCAGCUUCCUGUUUUCAUCUCAGAAUUAGCAGCUGCAGAGCUACAGAGCUGCGAUGCUGUUGGGUAGCACAGGCAACCCAAAAUCUUUUGGAAAAAGCUUCUUCCCACCUGAAUAUCCCAAACACAGACAACAAACGUUCCUGACCACCCCCGUGCCUCAGUUUCCCCAUCUGGGCAUCACCCUGACACAGAGGACAGUCACACACAGCCCACAGGCAGUGAUGCCCACGGGGACGCUGCCCAACCCUAAACUCCCAAGGACACCAGAGCCAUUGGCAGGCACUGGUGCCAAGCACAACAGUUGGCAGCUGCAGCACUGCUGGUGAGCCCUGGCCAACACCCCCAUCCUGUGAAUGACUCCAUUGAUGGCAGCAGCAGGGCGGCUGCUCAGGGAAGGGUGGGGGACAAACACCCACGUCCCCCCCAGCUCCUCACACUCUGCCCGGCCCCGUUAUUCAUUGGAACUUGUAGCAGGGUGUGGGUGGUUUUUUUUUUCCCCCUCCUGUAUUAAGUCCAUUUGGAUUAACUGUAAUUCUCUGGUUAACAUUUCAGUUACAGUAACAAUAAACUCCUCUCUGUGUGGGUCCAAGGGCUCUUCCCUUCUGCUCUUCCCAUCAAACCCAGCCCCGCGCUGGGACACGUCCUGGAGAGACACACGGCUGGAGGAUGCUCCUGCCCUACCCAGGCUGAAAGGCACCCAAAGACACAUCCCAAAACCAUGCCCUGGGACUCCACCGACCUUCUCACAGCCCUAUAACACACAGCUCAGGCACUUUUCCAAAGCGUGG